CUCUGACCCGUUCCGCGUUGCAGUCUGGGAUAUCGGAGGUUCUAGUUGUUGUGGAGCGUAAUUGAGUGACGAUGACUACAGCUGCCAGGCCUACCUUUGAGCCCGCGAGAGGAGGGAGAGGCAAAGGAGAAGGAGACCUCAGUGCUCUGUCCAAACAGUACUCCAGCAGGGAUUUACCUUCUCACACCAAAAUCAAAUACAGGCAGCCCACCCAGGAUGCCCCCGAGGAGGUGCGUGCCCGGGACUUCCGCAGGGAGCUGGAGGAGAGGGAGCGAGUGGUGGUCAGGGAGAAGACCAGGGACAGGCCAGCCAGAGAGCACACCACAUCCUCCUCCUCUUCUUCCAAGAGGCCACGGUUAGACCAGAUCCCAGCAGCCAACCUGGAUGCUGAUGAUCCUCUCACGGAUGAUGAGGAGGAGGAUGAGGACUCUGAAGAGGACAGUGAUGACGACACAGCUGCCCUGCUGGCUGAACUGGACAAGAUCAAAAAGGAGCGCGCAGAGGAACAGGAACGCAAGGAGCGGGAGCAGAAAGCAGAGGAAGAGAGGAUCCGGAUGGAGAACAUCUUGAGUGGAAACCCCCUCCUCAACUUGGCAGGACAGCAGCAAGUGGCACAGAUCCAGAACUCCUUCAGUGUCAAGAGGAGGUGGGAUGAUGAUGUAGUGUUUAAGAACUGUGCCAAAGGAGUUGAUGACUCAAAGAAAGAGAAGCGGUUUGUGAAUGACACCUUGCGAUCUGAAUUUCACAAGAAGUUUAUGGAGAAAUAUAUCAAAUAGUCCUGCCUUGCUUGAAGACUUCUUUUGUUGUCGAAUAUUAUAGUGAAGCAAGGUUCUUGGAUUUGAUCUGUGAUGUCUGUGUUUGAGGUCCACCUGGAAGAAUUUGUGGUUCUGACACUUCUUGUUUUUGAGCUCUCUUCUGGACUGUUUAACACCGACUAACACGGGCAAUGUGUCUUUUCAAUUUUAAGACUGAGGUUAAUGUUAUUUUUCAACAAGAUCAUUGGUCAUGCUUCCUUUGAAUUUAUGGGUUUCACUUGUGUACCCUGCCUAAUAUCUUUUUAGAUUUUAGGCUCUGUAAGGUGUUAAACAAUAUCCCUAGCCCUUUAUAACUAUCAGGGUAGAGUUAGGGUUGGGUUUAGGGAUUAUGAAUUUUUAUUCAAUAUUGUAAAACCCACAUACCUGCAAUGUGUUUGAAAAGACAAGUUGAAAUGGAUCUUGAAUUAGCCUUUGAGAAAGUUUUAUGCCGGCUAAAUAAAUCCUAAUUUAAAGGAAGCAUUAACUGAUUGCUUUCAACGAACACAGCUGUAAUUUCGGAAUCUCAGUGUAUCCUUUUAGAUUUGUACAACUCCUGUUGCAUUGUUGAAUGUUCUGUUUGUCAUGUAUAAAGAAGAGUAAAUACAGGAAUACAUUUUUUAUUAAAAAUGCUGGUUUUAAUAUGUU